AUGGUGGAUAUUGAGGCGAAACGUGCCGAGAUUGGGUCGAGACUUGCCGCCGCCAAAGAUUUGCGGCGAAACGACGGCACCACUCGAGAGAUUGAGUCAAAACAUCUCGGGAUAGGAAUCGCGGUGUCUUGGGACAGCCUUCGUGUCAUGCUCAAAAUGUUUCUGGAGGAGUACUCCACCAUCAGCGACACGCGCGCCACCGCUAUCGCUGUGAUCGUCAUUAUGAAUGAUGUUCGUGGGUCCACCUAG